AUCCACAAACAACCAACGUGUGUUUGUAGGAAUCUAUAGCUUGUAGUGACAAUGGCGUACAAGGUGUUUGGCAAUCCCAUCACAGAGGAAACUUUGAAGGGAAUGCCAGAAUACGCGAACAAGUCGAUAAUAACACACGUCGACAAGGCACGUAUGGCUUUCAAUAUGAACAGCACUGUUGAAGCUCAAGUUUGCGAAUAUAUGGAGAACUUGCAAAAGAAAUUGCCUUGUGAUAUAGUCAGCACAUUUGGCACGAUUUACAAUGCUACUGGGGACAUUGUAAAAUCUUAUGCCUACCGUGAUUAUCCUGGGAAAUCAGCUGACGAAAGUGUAUACCCAGUAACUAUAAGAAAUGGCCAGUGCGGUGUGUUUUUGCAUGGGGAAACCAAAGAAAUGGGUACUGAAAAGUGUAAUGGAUCGUGUGGAGCUGUUGUGUAUUUGGGAAGGAACAAUAAUGAGGAAGUUUGUGAGUGGAUGAUGUCUUGGUCCAACUCAAUCUCUGUGGACGAUCUGGACAACAAGGUUUCUAAAUUCAGUUCAAUGAGAUGA